AUGGCGGAUAAGUACGAUGGCGCUGAGGAGCGUGAAUACGUUCAUCCCCCUACCCAUCACAAGAUGUCGGCUGGUCGCUACAUCGCAACGCGCAUUCCGACGCUCAAACCCGCACACGACAAGGUGGCUAAUCCGAUUGCUCUGCUCCGCAUGUUGAACCUGCAGCAAUGGCUUUUCUUCCUUGUCGCCUUUUUCGCUUGGACGUGGGAUGCGUUUGACUUCUUCACUGUCUCCUUGACUGUGUCGGAUCUGGCUGAGACGUUUGGCAAGACAAAGACGGAUAUUACGUGGGGUAUCACGCUGGUGCUUAUGCUGAGGAGCGUGGGUAGUAUCAUCUUUGGUUUGGCGGCCGAUCGGUAUGGGAGGAAGUGGCCGUUUAUUGUUAAUAAUUUGUUGUUUAUUGUGUUGGAGUUAGGGACGGGGUUUUGCUCUACGUAUAAAGAGUUCUUGGCGGUUAGGGCGUUGUUUGGUAUUGCUAUGGGUGGGUUGUAUGGGAAUGCUGCUGCUACUGCCCUUGAAGACUGCCCUGAACAAGCCCGUGGUAUCAUCUCGGGUAUGCUACAACAAGGGUAUGCCUUUGGAUACCUUCUCGCCACUGUCUUCUCCCGCGCUUUUGUCAACACCGUCGGCCAUGGAUGGCGCCCACUUUUCUGGUUCGGUGCCGGACCCCCUGUCCUAAUUAUCCUCUUCCGUCUCUGUCUCCCAGAAACGAAAGCUUACCUCGAGCGCAAGCGACUCCGCGAAGAAGAGCCCAACGCAGCCAAGGUAUUUUUUGAAGAGGGCAAGGUCGCACUGAAGCGUCACUGGAUGGUGCUUGUGUACCUUGUGUUGUUGAUGGCUGGCUUCAACUUCAUGUCGCAUGGAAGUCAGGAUCUAUACCCCACCAUGUUGAGCAACCAGUACAACUUCUCUCCUAACCAGGUCACCGUCACUCAGGUCGUCGCCAACCUAGGCGCCAUGUGCGGCGGUACUAUCGUUGGAUAUUCGUCCUCCAUCUUCGGUCGUCGCAUAUGUAUAAUUGUCAUGUGUGUCAUCGGCGGCGCACUCCUCUACCCAUACACCUUCACCUCCAGCAACGCCGUCAUAGCUGCGGCCUUCUUCCAACAAUUCUGCGUCCAAGGUGCCUGGGGCGUCAUUCCCAUCCACCUCAUGGAACUCUCACCCGGCGCCUUCCGUACCUUUGUCGUCGGAACAAGUUAUCAGCUCGGUAACCUUGCGUCCUCGGCCUCCUCCACAAUUGAAGCCACAAUUGGCGAGCAAUUCCCGCUACCACCAAAGGGAAAGACGGAGCGGUACAAGUACGGUCUUGUCAUUUGCAUCUUCAUGGGCUGUGUCUAUGCAUACGUUAUCCUGUUGACGGCAAUCGGACCAGAGUACCGGGGCAAGAACUUUGAUGCUGCUGCGGAUGAAGACCUGGCAGUUGUAACCGGCGCGAACGACAAAUUAGGUGGGAGACAUGAUAGCGAGGUCGAGGCCAAAGACCAUGUGUGA